AGCACCAGGUCGAGCGCACCGGCCACGGCGGAGAGGAGAUGUUCACGAACCCACAGCGCCAGGUCGAGCGCACCGGCCGUGGUGGCACUCCGAGAGACCAGUACCUUCAGGAUCUCGUGACCCAGUUCCAGGACUCCACGGAUGAAGAGUGCAAGGAGAGGAUAGUUGCAAACUUGUCAAAUUUCGCAUAUGACCCUUAUAACUACGCCUUUAUGCGCCAGCUGAAUAUUCUCGAGCUUUUCUUGGACUGCAUUACGGAGUCAAAUGAAAGGCUUGUUGAGUUUGGCGUUGGUGGAAUAUGUAAUUCGUGCGUUGAUCCAGCGAAUGCUUCAGUAAUUAAUCGAUGUGGUGGAAUCCCAUUGGUUGUACAAUGCUUAUCUAGCCCAGUUAGGAAUACUGUUAUUUAUGCACUUGGAGCCUUGUACUACUUAUGCAACCCUUCGACAAAGAAAGAGAUUUUGAAACCGGACGUCCUUCGGGUGAUAAGAGAGUAUUCUGCAGCUGGAGCCGUCAACAGCAGCUUCAGCAAUCUGGCAAAUGCAUUCCUGGACAAGCACGUCAACUCGUGAGUUCAGUUCAGAACGGCAGAUGGUAAAGGCUUGUAGCGCCAUCAGCUAGAAACUAGAGA